CAGGCACACAACAGUGACUGUGUGAGCUCUGGUGUGAGACGCUGUUGGUUGGGGACUGUCGAGCAGUGAUAGUGUUUUAAAAGGAACUAAAAGUGAUCACCAGUGUCAGGGAGAGCACAGGAAGUUUCUUUGUGCUAUUUUGCAAGUUCAGUCUCCGUUUCUGCAAAUAACGAAGGACUCCACUUUAUAAGCUGCCCUCUGACACAGGAAUGCCACAGGCUGAGGCAGACGCUGAUAAGAUGGGGGACAUGGAACAUGAAGGGAAAGUGCCUCUUGCGGAAGAGACAAAGGUGAAAGUGCUUUAUGAAACUCAAGCAUCACUCGGGCCUGAUGACAAAGCUGAUUAUUCUCCCACUGGGACAAACUCAAUCUACUCUGCCAUUCUGAGCAGAAAUGAGGCCGUCAAGGAUGCCAAGCGUCUUAAAACUUUUCUGGAACUGCGAGACAAAUAUGUGAGGAAGAACGUUUUGUUUGAAGACCCUCUGUUCCCUGCAAAUGAUUCCUCACUCUUCUACAGUCACAAACCUCUGAUGAAGUUUGAGUGGAAACGUCCUUCGGAAAUUUGUGAAAACCCCCAGUUCAUCGUAGAUGGAGCCAACAGGACAGACAUCUGUCAGGGAGAAUUGGGUGACUGCUGGCUGCUCGCCGCCAUCGCCUGUCUGACACUGAACGAGAAGCUGCUGUACAGAGUGAUUCCCCCGGAUCAGAGCUUCACUGAGAAUUACGCCGGCAUCUUCCAUUUCCAGUUCUGGCGUUAUGGCGAGUGGAUCGACGUUGUUGUGGACGACCGCAUCCCCACCUGCAAGAAUCAGCUGGUGUUCACCAAAUCUUUCAGAAAGAACGAGUUCUGGAGCGCUCUCUUGGAAAAAGCUUAUGCAAAGUUGCACGGGUCUUAUGAGGCACUGAAAGGGGGGAACACCUUAGAAGCCAUGGAGGAUUUCACAGGUGGAGUGACCGAGUACUUCGAGUUGUCUGAGGCGCCCAAAGACCUCUACAACAUCAUGAGGAAAGCCCUGGAGAGAGGCUCACUGAUGGGCUGCUCCAUAGAUAUUUUUUCUGCCAGUGAUCUGGAGACUCGGACCGAACAGGGGCUGGUCAAAGGCCACGCCUACUCCAUCAUCGGCCUGGCAGAGUGCGAUGGGGUCGCAAAGAACACCAAAAUUCGCCUGAUUCGCCUGCGAAAUCCCUGGGGUUGGGUGCUGUGGAAGGGACCCUGGAGUGCAAAUUCAAAGGAAUGGUCGACGAUUUCCAUCGCAGACAAAGAGAACCUGAGAAAACAGACUGUGGAAUCCAGUGAGUUCUGGAUGUCUUUUGACGAUUUCAAGAGGAACUUCACCAAGCUGGAGAUGUGUAACCUAACCCCUGACACACUGCAGGGUGAUGAAAGACACAGCUGGACAGUAUCGGUCAAUGAGGGUCGCUGGGUGAGAGGCAGCUCUGCCGGUGGCUGCAGGAACUUCCCAGACACAUUUUGGACGAACCCUCAGUAUCGGCUGCAGCUGUACGAGGAGGACGAUGACCCGGAGGACGGACAGGUGGUUUGCACCGUCGUCGUAGCUCUGAUGCAGAAAGGUCGGAGGAUGCAGCGCCAUGAGGGGGCCAGAUUCCUCGCCAUCGGGUUUUCCAUCUACGAGGUGCCAAAGGAGAUGUGUGGACAGAAUCAGCACCUGCAGAAGGACUUUUUCCUGUACACAGCCUCCAAAGCUAAAAGCAAGACCUACAUCAACCUUCGAGAGGUAACAGAGCGUUUCCGCCUGCCCCCAGGAGAGUACGUCAUCAUCCCCACAACCUUUGAGGCCCAUAAGGAGGGAGAGUUCAUCCUCAGGGUCUUCUCUGAGAAGCAGAGCACGUCCGAGGAAGCGGAGAACACAAUUGGUUCGGCCAAAAUGCAGCAAGACAAGAAAAAGAAAGGAAAGCCUAUUGUAUUUGUGUCAGACAGAGCGCGCGCCAACAAAGAAAUCGAGCAUGACGGCAUUCAGGGGGAGAAGAGGAAGAAACCGAAGCGAAAACUGUUAGAACCUGAGGAGGAAACUGAGGAGGAAAAAAAGUUCAGAGCCAUUUACCAACAGAUUGCUGGUGAGGACAUGCAGAUCUGUGCCAAUGAACUCAAGACGGUCAUGAAGAACGUACUCGCCAGACAUAGUGAAAUAAAGACGAAAGAGGGUUUCAGUCUGGAGACGUGUCGGAGUAUGAUCGCCUUGAUGGACACUGAUGGGACAGGAAAGCUGAACCUGCAGGAGUUCAAGCACUUGUGGAAAAAGAUUAAGGAGUGGCAGCUGAUCUUCAAGCGUUAUGAUAAAGACAAAUCUUGCUCCAUCAGUAGUUUUGAGAUGAGGAACGCUAUUCAUGAUGCAGGGUUUCACCUCAACAAACAGUUAUAUGACAUCAUAGCGAUGCGCUACGCGGACGAACACCUCAACAUCGACUUUGACAGUUACAUCUGCUGCUUUGUGAGGCUAGAGGGCAUGUUCAGGGCUUUUAAUGCCUUUGACAAAGACGGAGAUGGACUAAUCAAACUUAACGUCCUGGAGUGGCUUCAGCUGACCAUGUACUCUUAGAUCAUCGACCCGACCUCUGAUGUAACCGCAGACAGUCGGUGUUUAGGUUUAUGACACCGACUCUGUCAUGACUUAACUCUCCCAGACAGUUACUUAACGCUCUCUCUUUUCUUAAGCCCUACUGAAUGAAAUGUAUUUUUGCACAAGUUGUGAUUACAACAAAGUCUCAAUGUCAUCAUCAGACAGUGAUACAAAGAGGCAGUCUAACGAUGUGAACAGAUACUGUUACAAGAGUUUGUUGCCAAAGUUCCCGUGUUGUAAACGAUAUGUGGUCGGUGAUGCAAAGCUACAACUGUCAGUGCUAAAAAAAAGUGUCUGAUUAUGAGUACUCAGUGAAUGAGCUUUUUGUUUCACAAAUCUUUGCAGAAAUACUUAAUGGAUAUUGUUUUUAAAAAUAUAUUGGAGGUGUAACUAUAAA